GAGACAAUGGUUGGUGGAUGGAUUGCAGCCAGAUGUAUCAGCACCAGGAGUGGAGAUUCUCGCAGCCUAUUCACCUUUGAGUUCACCAUCUGAGGAAGGGAGCGAUAAAAGACAUGUAAAGUACUCUGUUUUGUCCGGAACCUCCAUGGCUUGUCCACACGUUGCAGGCGUGGCUGCGUACAUCAAGACUUUUCAUCCUGAAUGGUCGCCUUCCGUGAUCCAAUCUGCCAUCAUGACAACCGGUAAACAAAACACAUAACCUCGUAACCUCUGUUUGCAAAACUCAUUCUUAUAAAGUCUCUUUAUUUAUCUUUGCAGCUUGGCCAAUGAAUGCUAAUAGAACUGGCUUCGCAUCAACCGAUGUCCUUGCAUCAACCGAGUUUGCUUCUGGAGCUGGACAUGUCGACCCAAUAGGCGCUCUUAAUCCUGGACUUGUCUACAAACUGGACAAAUCAGACCACAUCGCCUUUCUCUGCGGCUUGAAUUACACUUCGAAAACCCUUCAGCUCAUCGCCGGUGAAGCCGUCACUUGCAGUGGAAAGACCUUACCAAGAAACCUCAACUAUCCUUCAAUGUCAGCUAAAAUUUAUGACUCUAAUAACUCCUUCACCGUGACUUUCAAAAGAACCGUCACCAACCUCGGUACCCCCAACUCUACGUACAAAUCAAAGAUCGUCUUAAACCGCGGAGCUAAGCUCAAUGUUAAGGUCUCGCCUAAUGUUCUUUCUUUUAAAAGGGUGAACGAGAAUCAGUCUUUCACGGUAACUGUUUCAGGCAACAAUCUCAACCGAAAACUUCCUUCAUCUGCAAAUUUAAUCUGGUCUGAUGGAACACAUAACGUGAGAAGUGUCAUUGUUGUCUACAUUGGUGAUUACUCGUGAGGCAUUAUUAGUUUACCAUAUUCAUCAUUAUCAUUAUAUUGUCGCCGAAUCGCCGAUGUGUUUCUUUAUUCUACAUUUGUGUUUCAAUUUUUUCUGAUGAUUGGUUUUUGUGUUUCUUAGAUCACAGUUUCAGAGCUUUGCAUUUACUUGAAUUA